UGAAAUUGUUCUUAAAAAAUGGUAAAUGGACGCGCUGUUGGUGAGGCUCUGAAUUUAUUAGUGCAAAUUGGGACUAAUUUUCACUUUCAUCCAAAACCUGCACAGAUGCCAAAUGGGAUUUGCUAGACUAUAAAGGUACGAAAAUGUUUGUUCCAAGAACUUUGAAGGUAAAGCAUUCGUUUGACAACACUAAUCAAGCUUCAAAGAAGUUGAAAGUUUCUCAAGAUGAUGUUGAGAACAAUAAGACAAUCCAGCAGUCACAGCACCCAUCUUUGAAGGAUACAUUUACUCCUACAGAGUCAGAGUGUGGUUUACAGGAAGAAAAAAUAGAGCUUGAGGAAACACUAGCAAAGAAUGCUUUUCUUACAGAAAAUUUACAUCAUAAACAAGAAGGAUUCCCUGUUGAAGAAGAUCCAGUGAAGUCUUUUAAGAAAAAUCAACGUUGGCCAGAACCUGGGGAGCCUGUUUGUGUUUUAUGUGGCCGAUAUGGAGAGUACAUUUGUGAUACAACAGAUAGUGAUGUAUGUAGUUUAGAAUGUAAAGCUGAAAAUCUUACUAGAGCUGGCCUGCUUCUUAACAUUGCCAGGACGCCUAGUGAUAGUGGAAAUCAAGGAAAGAGUUCUCUAGUUACUCCUCUGGACAGUGAUGAUGUGCUUGUUUACCAGGAAGAUCCGUUUAUUUCAAGUCUUAGUGAGGAACAGAUCCAGCAACUCAGACAUGAUCUAGGAAUUGUAGUGCAUGGUGAAGGAGUCAACAGGCCUAUAGUAGAAUUUAUUCACUGUGGUUUUCCUGAAAUUUUGAAUGAAAACCUGAAAAGAGCGGGCUAUGAAGUUCCAACCCCUGUUCAGAUGCAGAUGAUUCCUGUCGGUCUGGCAGGAAGAGAUGUAAUAGCCAGUGCUGACACAGGCUCAGGAAAAACAGCAGGCUUCCUGCUCCCUGUCCUUGUGAGGGCACUCGAAGAGACACAAGGGAAAAUGAACCAUGCAACAGCUGCUCUGAUUCUUACUCCAACAAGAGAACUGGCUAUUCAGAUAGAAGGACAAGCAAAAGAGCUGGCAAGGGGACUGUGCAACAUGAGAACUGCCCUACUGGUUGGGGGCAUGCCACUACCACAACAGCUUCAUCGGCUAAAACAAAAUAUCAAGAUAAUUAUUGCCACACCAGGACGACUGUUGGACAUCCUUAAACAGCAGGUUAUACAAAUGAAUGGCAUAAAGGUGGUAGUAAUUGAUGAGGCUGAUACCAUGUUAAAAAUGGGCUUUCAGCAGCAGGUCCUAGACAUUUUAAAUCAAAUACCAGAACAGUAUCAAACCCUCUUAACAUCGGCUACAAUCCCUGCAAGUAUUGAACAACUAGCACAAGAGAUUCUACAGAACCCAGUUCGUGUCAUUCUUGGCGAAAAAAAUCGGCCCUGUUCCAAUGUUCGUCAGAUCAUUUUAUGGGUAGAGGAACCCUCCAAGAAGAAGAAACUAUUUGAAAUUUUGAAUGAUAGAAAACUUUAUCAUCCUCCUGUUGUUGUGUUUGUGGACUGCAAGCUUGGAGCAGAUCUAUUAUGUGAUGCAGUCCAAAAAGUGAUGGAUUUGAAAACUGUAUCAAUUCACUCUGAUAAAACACAGAAUGAAAGGAACAGCAUUCUACAGGGCUUGCUACAUGGAGAGUAUGAUGUAGUCAUUAGUACCGGAGUGCUUGGAAGAGGUCUGGAUCUGGUCAAUGUCAAACUUGUUGUAAAUUUUGAUAUGCCUUCAAGCAUGGAUGAGUAUGUUCAUCAGAUUGGGAGAGCAGGAAGACUGGGCCAGAGAGGAACUGCUAUUACUUUUAUUAACAACAACAAUAAGAGGCUUUUCUUGGACGUAGUAACAAGAGUGAAACCAACAGGCUCUCUUCUCCCUCCACAACUAACAAAUUCACCCUAUCUACAUGAUCAACAGAGAAAAGAGAGGCUGAAAGAAAGGCAAGCCAAUAGAAGUGUUGUAACAAAGGAAUAUCUAAUUGACAUUAUCAGAAAACAUGAUAGAAGUGUUAGUAAAAGAUGAUCACCUAGCACUUUAUUAAUAUGCCACAUAUAUCAGUUAUUUAUUAAAUAAAAUUGUGUGUAUAUAUUUUCUUUUUCAAAUGUUAUUUUAACAGUGGAAAUCUAUGCUGCUUUAUGCUCCAUAUAUGUAUGUGCUUUAUUUUACAAGUUCAUUGCAGUUAUUCCACAAGAGGAUUUACUCCUUUUAACAUUUUCUAAUAGGAAAUGAUAUGCAUUGUGUAUUCCAUGUAGGUGCCAAAAAAGAUUGUCCAUGGAAUGCCUUUGGUAGAAAUUACAACCAUGAAUAUAUUAAGAGAUGCCUGUAAUAGCUUUUCACAUCUAUACUAAGGUGCUGCAGUUUUUGCAAAAUUUUCACUGUAAAAUCUCAAAAGUUUCUUUAAACUGGAUACGUUUAUUGAAGAACAUCAGCAUUCAACUCCAGUCAAUUAUAAUUGAUUGGAUUAGUGACUUGCAUUUGACAAGGACACUCUGGAAUAUUGAAUGUUUUUGCCUUUAAAUAACUCAAAUGUGACUUUGGGUCAUUGUCCUUCUGUGAGAGAAAUCAGUCCCUGACAACAAGCCUCUUGUAGACUUUAGCAGGAAAUACUGUUUUUUUUUUUUUAAAUAUAUAAAAUAUCCAUUUUUCUUUUCAACUUUGGAUGGCUUCUAGGGUCUGCCACAGAAAUAACAUCCAUGCGGUGUGGUACUAACAACACCUGGUAUACUCCAGAUGAUGAAAGGUUUAUAUGCUUAUUCCAAGCUGUACUUACCGUAGGAUUUGCAGAGGUCUGUUAAAUAGCCCAGACUAUAGAGGCUGCAAAAGGUUAAUUUUGGCUUCAUCCAAAUGUUCAUAGUUCUUAGAGUUUUUCCAUUUGAUUUCCAUUUUUCUUUUUGACAACAUUUAGUCCAGAUUUGAUAUUAUUAUGCUUGCAGGACUAGCCUCUAAUGCUUUUUUUUUUCUUGUACCAUAAAGCAUAAUGAUGCUAGGUUUAAAUUGUUGUGACUUUCAUUUUGCCUGUAUAUAAUGAAGACCAAGUUUAUCAAGUACUUAUUCAUUUGUAGAUG